AUGUCCGUACUAAUAGCCCAGGCAAGCGGCCCAGACAGGCGCCAGAGCCCCAGCCAUGCCCAGGAAAUGGCUCCAGCAGAGGGAUGCCUCAAAGAGCCUCUGAGACACGCUCUCCUCUCCUCCUUUCUCGACGACUACUGGUACCGGUACCUCCCACUCCCAAGUCUCCCUACCGCCAAACGUCAUCGCGUCCCCACCGUCUCCAAAGCCAACCCGUCUGCCGGCGAUGCAGCACCACCGUUGAACACGAAAGCGCAGCAUUUUUAUCGACUCUUGAAAUCUUGCUCUCUCCGAACUCUUCUUCUUUAUCCCAUCAUUUCGCUUGAGCCCUUUUGCUACAUGUUUUACUGCAGCGUAUAG